UUGUUGAAGGAGUGCUUCUAUCUAGGGCUGAGGGUGUUUACAUAUGGUCGGAUAUGCUGAAGUUGGUAGAAAACGAGGAGAAGUUCUUCGAAUAUCCGUGGGGCCUUCUUUCAUAUCAGAAGUUGUUGUCAUCCACAGCCAAAAGUAUGACUGACCUGAGGAAGAACUACCUUGAUAAAUCUACUAAGGAUAAGAAGAAAGGGAAGAAGGAGAAAAAAAUUACUCAACCAGAGGCGAAGUACAAUGUCUACGGAUAUGCACCGGCGCUACAAUACUGGGCCUUUGAGGUGAUGCAGGAUUUGGGGAAGAAGUACGGGCAGUGCAGAGGGACUAGAUUCCCUCGAAUGUUGAAUUGGAGCACCCCCAACACAGUUACGAAACAUGAUGUCAAGCAACCUGAUGUCGCUACCCUAUUCGAGAAGAGGAUGGUUGUUCUUCAAAUUCUGUAUCCUAGGAAUUGGGAGGUGGACUAUUGGAAGAGCAAUUGUGAGGGUGAGGUCCCCACGGUGGAAAUGGGGUUGGAUGAGGUCGAAGAAACGCAAGUCGGGGCGCAAGAUUCGACCGCAUUCCAGACCCAAGCCGAACGGGUGGCGGAUUAUGUGAAAAAGUCCAAAAUUAUUCCACCAUCCCCACCCAAAGAAGCACCAGACGCCUCCACAUCUGCCACCGUGCCCCCAACGCCUGCCACUGUGCCCCCAAGCUCUGCUCCAGCCAAUGACUCGAACUACCUCUUGUUGGCUAAGAGGUUGGAGAAGGUAGAAGCGCAACAAGUUGCGAUUCUCACUGCCCAGACUGAGAUGAAGGCUGACUUCAAGAGAAGUCAGAAAGAGAUGAAGAAUCUUAUCAUGGAUCAAAUUGCGACCGUGAUAAGUUUGUUACAGAAGCAGCCUUCGGAGCCGACACAACCAUCGUGGCGGCACGGCAAUCGGACCCCACACCAUCGGACACGGCGAGCCAUUACGGACGGUACAUCCAUCACCGCCGACAUAUGA